UCCAAGAAAAUGGGCCAGAAUUCCAAGAAAUCGUUAACAUAUUGACCCACGCUCUUGAGCGUGCGUCUUUAAAAUGUGGUGAGGACCUCUGGUAGUCAAUGGACUAGUAGUUUACCUUUGCUGUGGACUUCCAACCUUUUAAGGGGAGUUAGCCUGAAGCAGCUCAUACUGGUGUUGUGUUGAGCUGAGUCAUCUGUUUCACUGUCCUAUCUUCCACAACAGGGCAUCAAUUCUUUCUUAUCAGUGUUUAGCAGUGAGUUUCCACUGACUCUGCAUUAUCUUCUUGAGCUUAUGUGUAUGCAGACAUCUUGUCCUUCAGUUUGUAUCCUCUGAAGUUACGGAAUAAGGCUGUUCUCACCAUAUUGGAAAGCUGUUCUCAUGAUUCAGCUGGUGUGGAUCAACAGGAACCAUCUGACUGACCUCAGUCAGAUUAACAGAAUGUUUGGGACUGUGGUGGUUGGAGUUGGAAUUGCUGGCUUAGCACGGAUUCGAGAUUUGAUGAAUCCAAUGCCUGCUAGCCCUUCAGAGCAUCUGAAGCUCCUUGGAUUUGUAUCCAGGAGAAGUUUUGGCAAUAUUAAUGAGGCCAAGCAGAUUAGCCUGGAAGAUGCUCUGAGCAGCAAAGAGAUUCAUGCAGCCUUUAUCAGCACAGAGAACAAAAGCCAUGAAGAAGCCAUCAGAAUGUUUUUAGAAGCUGGGAAACAUGUCCUUGUUGAGUACCCCAUGGCUUUGUCUGCUAAGGCAGCCCACGAGCUCUGGGAGAUGGCUGAGCAAAAAGGUAAAGUCCUCCAUGUGGAACAUAUUGAACUUCUGACUGAAGAAUACAAGCAGCUGAAAAAGGAGGUGGCUGGGAAAGACCUAGUGAAGGGAACGUUGCAUUUCACAGGCAGUGUCCUCGAUGAAACAAAAGCAGGGUUCCCAGCUUUCAGUGGAAUUGCCCGACUGACUUGGCUGAUUGACCUCUUUGGAGACCUCACUGUUACCUCUGCCACCAGAGAAGAGCAGAAGGAUAAGAAUUAUUCUAGAAUGACUGUCCAUUUUCAGACUGCAAACAAGAGGCCUCUGACUUGGGUUGAAGAAAGAGGACCAGGAAUGAGACGUGAAAAGAAAAUCAAUUUCUGUUUCACCAGUGGUUGCCUGGAGAACUUCCCUCAAGCCCCAAGGUCUGCUGUGGGCCUUUUCAUGCAGGAUCAGAACCUCUUCGCCAAAAAACUGCUGGGACAGGUAUCCAAGGAAGAGCUGGCUGCUGAGAAAUGGCGAAUUUUGCGGUGCCUUGACCUGGCUGGGAUGAUUCAACAGCAGUGUGAACAGCCUGAGAAAAUCUGUUCUUGAGGUUGUUCUUCCAAGAGGAACACGGCAGACAGGAAAGCUGUAGGUCUAGAGCUAAGUGCUGCCAUUAGGCAAUUGCUGUUUCUCUUUGACUGAAUGUCACUCCUAGGUCUCUAUGUGGGCUGGAGAUCCUGGGCUAAUCCCCAUGCCUUCUGGUGUUUGCUAGAACAAAGCAACGUGUUACCCUGCUCUGAUGCAUUGCUGUCCUUUCAGGCAGACAGGAAUCUAACAGCAACAAGGUUUCUCGUGGGUACUUCCAAGCAGUUCAGUUGGUAAUGUCCCUGAAAUCAGAUCAUGGAGGAUUGCAAAUAGGUAACGUGGUUUUCCUUCUUGAGUUUUCUUUCUCUUUUAUUUAGAUGUAUCUGGAAAUGAGACAUACAGGAUUAUCUAGAACAAAGCUCUAAAUGAGUUUUUGACCUCUCUGCUUGAUCUGCAAAAGUUGUGCCUCCUCAGUACCAACCUUUUUCUUCUGGGUACUCUAAAUUGGUUUGUGUGCUUGCUUUGUUAGAAGUUGUGCCUGUUUUGUUUUGUGUUUCACGCUGGAAAUCAUCUACCUUCAAACAGAACCUAUAGUGGUACCAAAA